AGAGAGAGAGAGAGAAAAUGGCGAGCAGCAAUGAAGAGAGGGAAGAAAGAAGAAAGAGAAUUGCAGAAAGAGGUUCGGAUCGCAUGGCCCUAAUAACGGGUCGAAUCAACGCGCUUCCUCCCACGCCACCCUCCGGCUCCUCUCCGGCGCAUCGCAAUGCCCGUCACGUGAUGUCCAUGUCCGUCGCUGGCGGCUUCGAUUCCCAUUCAGAAGAACAAAAUACCUCCUCUCGCCACCAGCGUCCUCAAUCAUUGUCUGCAGUCGACGCUUACAACGAAAAUCUCUCUGGCGGUUCUGAAGAUAAACGUAGAGCCGGCUUUUCUUCAUCAAGGCUAAAACAUCAAGGAGGUUUUAGGUACUCACACCUGGAAAGAUUCCAGUUCCAACCUGAAGAGGAACCUGCCAAACAGGACUCUUAUCCUAUUACAGAAGCAAAUAACAAAGUGUCAGAUGAUAGUGCCAAAGUGGAAGCAUCUCCUGUUCCAUCAGAACCUAAAAGUUCAGUACAAAAGACACAACAAGUGAAGCAACCUCCCAGGCAUAAGGCUACAUUUUUCUCUUCAAGAGAACUGAACUACUGCAUUUUAGCUUCUGAGUCCACACGUGCCCUCAGUUCUCUGAUAAUAGCAUCGGUGGUAGUUUUCUAUUACUUGUUUUCAAAGAGUGUUUUAGCCUCAAGGCCUCUUUACAUCCUUUUGUUAACUGAUGUUACGAUUGUGCUUGCUCGCCUAUACGGUGGAAAGACAAUUGCUGUGGAAGAAAAUGAGGGAGGAAAAGGCAAAACUCCUGGAGAUGGACACAGUUGGGGAGAUGCUGUAAAGCUUUUGGAGAGAGGUUUGGUCGCUUACCAAGCCCUUAGAGGUGCUUUCAUAGAUUGCAGUAUUUAUCUAGUGGUUGUUGUUUGUGCCACCUCCUUCGUGUAGCUCCGUCUGCUUCGCUUUGAAUAGUAGCAAUAUCCCCUUCUGGCCAAGUAUCUGCUUCCAAAUAAUUUUUUUUGUAAAUUCUUAUUUGCUAUUGUUCCUU